AAAGAGCUUGAAACCAGCUGAGGGCAACUGUGAAGCCAGGAGGACAUUCUAGCCCUGUAGAGAAGUGAGCUACCAUGUGCACACGGAAGUGUUCAAAGUGCAUUGGGAUCACCCUGUUCCCACUGGCUACRUGUGCCAUAGUCUCCAAUCUUCUCCUGUACUUUCCCAAUGGACAAGUUCUGCAGCCAAGUGAGAUAACUGACCUGGUCUGGUUUUUCAAUGGCAUUGUGGGAGCUGGGAUACUGGUUAUGUUGCCGGCAUUUAUGAUGCUGGGAGCAGGCGGAGCAGGAUGUUGCGCUAACAAAUGUGGGAUGCUGCUGUCGGUGGUUCUGGCUGUGCUGGGGUUCGCGGGAGGUGUGUACUGUGCSGUCAUCUCCUCGCUGGGGCUGGUUGGUGGACCUCUGUGUGACACGGGUGAUGGAGAGUACAUUUACCCUUUCAGGAAUGACACUCUGCAAGACAAUUAUUUGUUCAAUCAGACAACAUGGAGCAUUUGCCAAGAACCUGAAAACAUCAUCCUUUGGAAUAUUGUCCUUUUCUCUAUUCUCCUGGUGAUUGGUGUGAUUGAAGCUGUCCUUUGUUUCAUUCAAGUCAUCAAUGGGCUUACUGGCUUCAUAUGUGGCACAUGCAUGAGAAAACGAAAGACAAAUAUUUCCGGAAUGUGAUUGACUGACAAGACRAACUCCAAGCUGCAGAUUCUCAUGCAAUAAGUCUCAUGCACUGAGUUGUAUUUAUAGUGGGGAAGACAAAGAAAAUCAAAAUAUUCAGGAUUUUCAGGGAGGGGGUGACCUGGAUUUUUCAAAGCCUUUUAUAAAGGUGGAAAAGGAUUAGAUAAUUUAGGAUCUGAGAUUCCAAAUUUUCUUAUGUCUAAAUGCUCUUGCUAAAUCCCUGGUCCAGAAGAAAAGCACUCAUCUGUUUAGCCCCAAGCACCCUGCUUGGCCAUAAAAUACAACAGUUCUCAGGUGGAAGUUCACUACUUACCCUGUGGUUCACGUGGGAAAUGGAAUCUUUGUUAAUAUACACAUUUAUCAGCUGCACUUAACUGGUGCUCUCUGGCUGGAUGUAAAUAGCUUCUGGUCCCCUCAAAAUCUAGGCUUGAUCCUGCCUGCCUGUUCCAAUUGACUUGCUGACUGAGCGCUCCCAGACCUUAGCUAGGAUCUGUGAAGAAUAUAUUGAGCAGCAUUGGUGACAAUGCAGAAGCAACUGAAGGAAAGAGUUCAUCUCCUGAGACACCCCGGAGCGGAAUCGUCUUGUGCUUAUUCCAUAGCUUGCUGUCAUACUUGAUAGGAUCCAAUACACGUCAAAAUCAUCCUCCCAGGAGCAUCUGACCRAUGUGGUAGCUGUGGAGGUGCAUUUCCUUCCAUCAACAAGGAAUAUAGGCUCUUGAGCAAGAGUUCAACAGUGUCACAUUUAACAAAAAGGAGGAAAACCUCACCACAUUUUUGCCCUCAUGAGACUGCAUAGGAGAUUCACUACAAUCUGUGAAGAUCUAUAUGAUGGUGCUAGAACAGAUCUCAUGGAUAAGUAGUUAACCAGUAAAGAUAAGCAUUAAAGCAGUAAAGGUUAUAAUUAUGUGCAGCUUAGUAACAAUAGAGAUGUAAGAGAUAUAACCUGAAAGGAAACAAAUUGCAUCAAUGUUAGUGUUACAGCAAGCAGCAGUCCUACAAGGAACUGCGUAAUUUACCGUCAUCGCUCAAGAUCAAGCUCUGGAUGCUAAAAUCCAUGACUGGCAAAUUUCAUAUAUUCCAUCAUUUCUGUGGCUUCUUCAAAGACUAAUUUUUAGGCAUCUCAGGGUUCUCUGAGUCAGCCAAAUUGUGAGAUAACUUUUGUCUGUCCUAAGUGCAGGUGUGCAGUUAUGGAAACCUGGAUUUAUAUGAAGUACUUGAAGUAUGUAUCUCAAAAAGAGGCAUUUAUAUUUUCCUGGUCAAAAGUUGCUUAUAUUUCUAGGUGGUAGCAUAGCAGCAUGUUAUUUGAACACAUUUAGACUUUAUGAAUGGGCAUAGCUGUUUGUGCUACUGUCUCCUGCAGCGUACAGAGUCCUUCAUACAAACUGCUGCUGGAAAUGCCAGAAGAGUAUAAAGAUGAGCUAUGGGUGUAGUGUUUCACCACUAGACACAGGAAAUUUGUCCCGUAAAACUGAGAAGUACAUUCUGUAAAGAACGCAUAAAAGAACAGACAAGCUGGCUGAAGUUUGGAAGCGUAACUCAGUGCACCCAAACCCACUAGCUGGCUUAAAAAAAUGAUGCUCAUUUUAAUCUGUGAAGCCCGAACAAAGAGGACAUCAAAAGAAAGC